AUGCUCGCAGAAAUAAAUGAUCUUUCAGAUUUAAACGAGAAUAGUAUAACUGAAAGAAUAAAAACCAAGUUAGAAGAAAAUGAUUUACGAAGGUGGAAGAGUAGAAGAUUUGACGUAAAUCAUAUAUUCACUAUAGACUACAAUCUAAAAGCCACAUUAUUGCAUUUUGCUGCUGGAUGUGGCUGCAAAAAUAUAGUAGUGGCUCUAAUUGAAAGCGGAGCAAAUGUUAAUGCACGGGAUAACAAUGGAUGUACUCCUUUACAUUAUGCUGCUGUAAAUAGUUUCAAAGAUGUGGUAGAAAUUCUAGUUGUAAACGGAGCGUAUGUUAAUGCACAUGACAACCAUGGAUUUGCUCCUUCUUUUUAUGCUGCUAAAUGGGGCUACAGAGAUAUAGCAACCUUUUUAUUAAGAAGUGAAGCAAAUUUUGAACCUAGAGCUGAAAUGGAAGUAGAAAGCGCAGAACAGGUUGCACCUGCAGAAAGAUUGAAACUUUUCUAA